AAAGCGAGAUGCGCGCCCAAAUAUUGCAUUUUACUCUCAUUUGCUGCGAAGCUGCGAUACCAAGACGAGAACGGCGGAUGCGCCUGCUCCGUCGUCAAAGCCAUCUCAAGUCCAAACUCCAUCAAAAAUUCCAAAUGACAUGACAUGUUGCGGGGCGCUCCGAAAUCACAAUCCAACCAAAUGCCGCCGCUCCCGCGUCGCCUCGCGCCGCCCCGCGACCCAUCGUCCACGCUGUUCCCGUCCCUCACCGCGGCCUCCUCCCAGCUCCACCUCCGCGAGAUCCACGCGCGCCUCCUCGUGUCCGGCCGCCUCGCCUCCCACCAAGACCACGCCGCCUUCCUCGCCUCUCUCGUCUCCUCCAACCACCUCUCCUACGCGCGCCGCCUCCUACCCCAGCGCCCCGCCUCGCUGAUCGUCCACAACGCUCUCCUCCGCGCCCUCGCCCGCGGGCCGCGCCCCGACGCCGCCUUCGCGGCCUUCCGCGAGCUGCCCCUCGCACCCGACCACUACUCCUUCACCUUCCUCGUCCGCGCCGCGACCUCCCUGGCCGCCGCUGCCUCGGCUACGCCCGUCGUGCCCACCACCGAGGCGGGCGUGAGCCUGCUCGCGGGGUCCGUGCGCGCGGCCGCGCUCCGCCGCGGGCACGCGGCGGACCCUCACGUGCAGAGCGGGGUCGUGUCCAUGUACGCCGCGGUCGGGGACGUAGGUGCCGUGCGGGCUGCCUUCGAGGAGAUCCUGAACCCGGACGUGGUGUGCGUCACUGCUAUGCUGGGAGCUAUUGCCGCUGGAGGCGACGUGGACACUGCGCGCGAGCUGUUCGAUGGAAUGCCGGAGAGGGACCAUGUGGCGUGGAAUGCCAUGAUCGCGGGGUAUGUGCACGUGGGCAGGUCGUGGGAAGCCUUGAGUCUGUUCGACGAAAUGCAGAAGGCUGGGGCUGCUGUUGGUGAAGCGACGCUGGUGUCAGUGCUCACCGCCUGUGCACAGAUAGGUGCACUGGAACGUGGCAUGUGGGUGCAUUCCUACAUGCGCAGCCGUGGGAUGCGGGUGUCGGUCACACUGGGCACUGCUCUGAUGGAUAUGUAUUCCAAGUGUGGCAUUGUGGCAACAGCGAUGGAGGUGUUUGAGACCAUGAGCGAAAGGAACGUCUACACUUGGACCAGCGCGCUGAGCUGCCUUGCCAUGAAUGGCAUGGGGAAAGAGUGCCUUGAGCUGUUCAAGCGCAUGGAGGGAGCAGGGGUGGAGCCAAAUGGUGUCACCUUUGUCUCGGUGCUCCGUGGAUGUUCCAUGGCUGGGUUGGUACGUGAGGGACGCGCAUGCUUUGAUUCGAUGAAGGAUAAGCAUGGAGUUGAGCCUUGGCUUGAGCACUAUGGCUGUAUGGUCGAUUUGUAUGGGCGAGCAGGGCGGUUAGAUGAUGCUGUUGAUUUUAUCAAUGCCAUGCCAGUGGAGCCACAUGAUGGUGUAUGGGGAGCAUUGCUCAAUGCUUCUCGUAUUCACAAUAACAUUGAGCUAGGCAAACACGCAAUGUACAAGCUCACGGCGAUUGAGUCCAAAAAUGAUGCGGCUCAUGUGUUGUUGUCUAAUAUGUACGCGGAAACACAGAAUUGGAAGGGUGUCAGUAAAGUUCGGGACAUGAUGAAGGCCAAGGGAGUCAGAAAGGUGCCUGGUUGUAGUGCCAUUGAGGUUGAUGGCAAGGUACAUGAGUUCUUCGUUGAAGACAAAUCACACCCCAGAUUCAACGAGAUCAUGACGAUGCUAGCAGAGAUGAACCAUAGGCUGAGGUUACAAGGGUAAACUGCAAACACAAAAGAGGUACUGUUUGAUAUCGAAGAGGAGUAAGGAGACAUCUCCUUGCACAGCGAGAAGCUGGCCCUUGGCUUCAGUCUCAUCACUUUGCCGGAAGACAUGCGGAUUAGGAUUGUGAAGAACUGAAGAGUGUGCAAGGACUACCAGGAUUAUACCAAGUUGAUAUCAAAGGUCUUCAACAGGAGAUUGUGCUGAGAGAUAUGAAGAGGUUUCACCAUUUCAAACAUGGAGCGUGCUCCUGUAGGGAUUACCGGUGAAUUUUUCUGUGAUUGUCCCUAUGAAAUUUUGACGAUCUAUUCACACCUAGAGCACAUACUUCAGCAAACCAUGGAUUCCAUAUGCUGCAUAUACGGCAAGUGACAAGUCUGCUUGAGCAGAUCAUAUGCUAUGCGCCAUGGCUGGCAGCAAACACCAACCCAAACGCCAAACUAGUGGCUCGUGACUGUGUACCUGACGGUACUUACGAAGUACGAACAAUUCACACCCAGAAGUGUCCAACAAAUGUGGUGGCGUACUGGCCUGCUUGAUCUAACUUCGGCGAAAAGCUGUAUGCAAUGAGAUCACAUGGGCAAGCAGCAAAACAUAUGCAGGACAUGUAAUACGAGAUGGAUAUACACCGUUGAGGCACCGCUAGAUGUACCGCGGCAGCGGACAGCCCACGGGAGAGAUCCAUGAUCUUCGGCAGCAGCAGUAUCUCGCAGCCUCGCAGGCCAGGCAGCAAACAAGCGUCGGACGCAGGGAACAUAAACACAAUUUAGAACACCAAUUUGUUCGGCUACUCUUAUUCUUACAUUACUUGGUACAAGCAAAAAUGCCACACUGGCAAACUGCAUAGUGUAUAUACUAAAUACAAUUUCUCUAUAAGAUGAUGUAUUUGUUAUGAUCAAAGA